AGAGGGAAACUGCCGACCGAUAAGGUGUGGGCCAAAAACCCAAAAUAAACAAUCGAUGAGCAAUACUUUUGGAGGCAUUUGAUAAGAGACUAAAGGUCCUUAGAGGCAAUUAACAAUAUCUAUUCAAAGCACUUGUACUCCAGCACCAAAGCAUUCUUGAGAGUCGACAUUUUUAUGAAUAUUUGACUAGGCCAAUCGGAGAUGUUUAUCCGUGGGCCUAUCUGGAGUGCUGAUUCUGCGGAUUUCGACCGGCACGGGGGUGUGCAACUGUUAUUAUUUAUUCUGAAUGUUAUCGACGAGGUGUUAUCAUCCUGAGAGCUACUGUAAAACUCUCAAAACUCGCCGCGAUAAGACGGACAGGGGAGUUCAUAUAAAAAGCGGUGCGUCGAUGCGGGUGGCAUUGUGAAAGUGAAACCAAUAUAGCCACCAUGAAGUACCUGCUCAGCGUGACUCUGCUCCUGGCCAUCGGUCUGCAGCAGAUCGAUGCCCACGGCAUGAUGCUGUCGCCUCCAAGCCGCUCCUCCCGCUGGCGCUACGAUGGAUCUGCCCCCCAGAACUGGAACGACAAUGAACUCUUCUGCGGUGGCUUGUAUACCCAAUCGAACAACGGAGGACGUUGUGGCCUGUGCGGUGAUAACUUCUUGGAUGGCCAGCCCCGUGCUAACGAGAUCGGAGGUAACAUUGGUGGAGUGGGUGCGAUCACCAGGAGCUAUGCCGCCGGAAACGCCAUCACCGUGGGCGUCAAGAUCACCACCAACCACUUGGGUCACUUUGAGUUCCACCUGUGCAACCUGGAUGUUUACGGAUCCGAGUCCGAGGAGUGCUUCGAGAGCAACCGGCUUCGAUUCCACGAUGGCAGUGACAAGCUGAAUAUCGGCACCCAGUCCGGCGAAUUCGACGUGACUGUUAUCCUUCCCGACGGACUCACCUGCAGCCACUGCGUCCUCCGCUGGACCUAUGUGGGCGCCAACAACUGGGGUAUGUGCGACAACACCUACGGAGCUCUGGGCUGUGGUCCCCAGGAGACCUUCAAGAACUGCGCCGAUGUGAGCAUCAGCUGGGGCCGCAAUAUGCUCACCGACCUGGUCAACAAACAGGAGCAGCCCGUGGCUCCCAUCGAAGUGGUCUAAGCUCUGUUUCUACAGGGAUUCCACAACCGCCAAUUAAGUCUGAGAGUGCUUCAAGCCAAAUAGUCAGCCAAAGCUAAUAAAGAAUCGAACAUUAAAUGGAUUGUUUAGUUGGGUUUUUGAUUAAAGUAAUAGGAAAUACGAGAUCAUAAGAGCAAGAGCAUGAAUUGUAGAAUUCAAAUAUGAAACUUAUUUUUGUCAAGGCGCUAAAAAAUGGUUCCUACUAUCUCUCUAUUAAAAAUCCACUUUAAACCUAA